UUUGCGGUCAAUUGGCAGUCGAUGUAGACAAGUGUCAGCUUGGAAUGGAGAAGGAGCACCAGUUAGCAGUGGAAGAUGAAAUUUCUCAAAGACAUAAAGAACAGGAUGUAGAUGUUGAGUUCAUCUGCACGUUGCAGAGGAUUUCCGUGGAACUCGUGAAAGAGUUGUCUCUUUAUCCACUCUCCAAAAGUGAUGAUUAUCCUGGUAAGCGUUCCCGAUUUCCUGGUGUCUACCUUAUAUAUUACGAUGGUGAGACUUCACUCUAUGGAAACCGGGUCCGUCCGUCAAAGGACAAACCAAUCUAUGUGGGAAUGUCUAAAACAAGUGUCUUAGAACGCCUGAACUACCACCGCGGCAGACUGGAAGAGGCGAAAGACUUACAGGUGCAAGAUUUCAAGGUACGGUUUAUGAGUUUGGAAAUAGACGACUAUGCCCCCUGUAUUGAGGGGAUGCUAAUAAAGUACUAUGAACCUUUUUGGAACUGUAGGAAUGGCUCGGAAGUAAACUUCUCUUUUGGAAACAGUAAAAGCAAUAAUAACACGUGGUACAAAUACCACAUUGAUGAAGAUAAGAAGAUAAGAGAAACUAUAGACGGUGUAAAACCUGCAAAACCUACAGGCUUGAGAGUCAGGGUUUUUCCACGUAUUUAUGAUAUCGCCAUUCAGCUACUGCGCUGGAGUUUCGCGAUUUUUCCACGUAUUUCUGAUAUUGCCAUUCAGCUACUGAUACGUAGGAGGCGCUCGGCGAGCUCGGCGGGCGUGGCGGGCUUAGCGGGCGUGGCGGGCGUGGCUGGCGUGGUUGGCAUGGCGGGUGUGGCGGGCGUGGCGGGCGUAGUAGGCGUAGCGGGCGUGGCGGGCGUGGCAGGCGUGGCAGGCGUGGCGGGCGUGUGCUUGGCAGGCUAG